AUGGCUUUGGCUUCCCCGUCGAUGUCCGCAUCGUGUCUUUUGCACCCUCUCCCAGAAUCCGCGCUCGCCUCGUUCCUCGCGGUGCUCCGGGAUGUUCCUCAUUCGCUGGCUGAGCCCUUCAUAUCACACGAGCUGCACGCACGCGGCGUUUCUGCAGAGCCCCGCGACGUGCGCAACGUGCUGUUCAAGCUUCGAGGCGCUGGGCUUUCCCAAGACAUCGUCUCGGAGUUCGGCCCUAGCAUCAAAGUUUGGCAACGGAAGUGCCCCGGCAAGCCGGCGGCGUACAUCCGCGAGGACAGGGGGCGGUGCAUUCAUUGCCCCAGCGCGCUUGUUCCCGACAAGCGGUACGAGUCUUUUGACCAACAAAUGUCGCAGGGUGGCAUGCUGUACAGCACUGAGUCGCACCCCACGAGAUUCAGAGCCUUUACGUUGCAUGCAGGUAUCCAGUUUGCGGUCUUUCAACCCUCGCACUGUCCAGCUUGCGGAUGGCACUACAUUGCCGGGUGGAAAUACAAGGUCGAUCGCAACCGCGUGACCGAGUGUCACUGGAUAGGCCCUUGUCCAAAUACUUUCUUCGUGAUGCCAAAGCUGCGUUCGUGGCUCGCUGUUGACUUGAAGCUGUUAUCAUUCGUGAACAGCCAACUUCUGCACCAGACGGCUAGCUUCCAGUCAGUGUCCCGAGCGUGGGCCGACAUGCACCCUGAGAGCGUGCAGCAAGACUUGCUCAAAGGUGCGACGGGCACGCUUGAACGCAACAACACGCAACGAUUGGAAGACGCCUGGAUGACCUGGUCUGCAGCUACGUGGGCCGACGGGAGCGAUGGCGACUUGGAGCUUGCAGGCGCGUGUGCAGUAAUCAUGAACAAGUUCAUGAAGAUUCCUCAGUUAGGCGCCGUGGUCCACACUGGGUGCGCUGCGCACGUGGACAGCAACCAUUUGUACUGCUCUGAGUGCGACCCCGCCUCGGCUCCGGCGCAAGAUGUGGACGGGGUCGGGGCUCGACAAAUCAGAGUAUUUGAGGCGCGCGCCUGCCCUGACUUGGCGAAUCCAGAUUUGCGGUACAAAGUGGAGUUCGACGACGGAGUCGCGCGCAUGAUGCGCAGAGAAGACGUUCUACCUGAGCUCGUGCAAUUCUUCGAGACACGACGGUGGCGCCGGAAAUGUGCGCGUCAGCGCAAGGAUCGAUUUGACGCCUCAGCGCAAGCUGCGAAGUGUCGGAAAGGGAAGAAGGCCGUGGCACCGAAGACCCGGGAUGUAGCUGCGUUGGACAUACCCGCGUUGGAGAAGGAGGCAAUUGCACCCGGGAUGUCUGCAGCUGCGCGAUCUGCCCCGCCCGCGCCUGCAGUGCCGCGCCAUUUUCGCAUCACGAAGCGACGCCACGUGGCAAAGUAUGGCCCGACAGUUGGAUACCUCGGAUGCGUGUUCAGGCAGGCGCACUCAUCUGACUGCAGGAAGCGCAUCGAAAGCAAGAUCCAUGAGGACCCUGACAUGGUGGAUUCCGUCUCAGACGAUUGGUUGGCCGUGACCAGUAAAGACUUGGCAGCGGCCAAAGGCUGCCCAGUCGAUAAGGAAACGAAGAGCUACACUGCUCGGAGGGAGACGGGGGGCAUGCAGACAUUCGUGCUACAAUGUGGACAAGUGCUCAGUUUUUGCGAGCUCCUUCGUGGGGAAUCGCUUCAGCUGGCGUACGCGAUGCUGUUGCGCCUGGUCGGCAAGCUGACAGCCAGCGGGCAUCAGCCGCAAGCCAUAUGUUACGACAACGCGUGUAAAUUGUUGUCGAUGGCCAGGUCGAAGCGCAAUUUUUACCCGCCCCUCACAGAGAUGUUUGCAAGUCUGGCCAUACUGUUGGACCAGCUACACCGGGCCAAUCACCACUGGUGCCUCGCAAACCUGCCGGAAGUGGACUGCCGCCGGGAAGAAGCCAGGCGUUUCACAGAAGGCGUGGACACGCAAGCGUGCGAACAAUUUAACGACUUCGCGAACGAGCUGACAUCUCCGGCGCGGGAAAUGACUGCAGGGCGCUACUGGGCAUGGUGGUCGUCCAUUUUUCGUUUGAAGAACAGUUGGACACUGCGCCAACGAGGAGAAAACAGGCAGCGCUUUGCGCGAGGUUGCUGCAUGGCUGUGGAGGUGGAGGUGGAGUCUUGUACAACAUGCGGCUUCAAUCCCAAAAUUGAGAAGUUCACCGAAAUGUUCAAUACCAUGUUUGGUGACAAGAUAGCGAUCGCCUCUGAGGACAGCGGCAAAGGCAAGUGUGUCAUCUCGAUCGGCGAUGACGUCGUCUUCGAGCAGAUUGGUAAAGGCAAAGAGAAGGGCAAGGAUAAGCACAAGCACAAGGAUAAGGACAAGGAGAAGGGGAAGGCAGACCACAUGGACAAAGGUAAAGGAAAAGAGAAGGGCAAGGAUAAAGACAAUGGCAAGGGUAAGGACAAGCAGAAAGGUGAGAGCGACGAUUGGGACAAAGAGGACUGCCAGGGCAAGGGCAAGGACAAAGACAAGGACAAGGGCAAGGGCAAGGCAAAGGGCAAAGGCAAGGAGAAGGACCAGUACACGCAGAAAGGAGGGGAUGAGGAUUGGGAGAUUAUACCGGACGGCAAGACUCUUGCCGCGGGGGCAUUUGUGCCGCCGUUAUUCGUUGCUGAAACAACUGCGGACGCAAGUGUCGGUCAAGUGGUUGAUUCGUUUUUGCAAGGGUUGAAACACCGAGGUCUGAAGAGCAAAGACAAGGACAAGGGCAAAGAGAAGGGCAAGGGCAAGGAGAAGGGCAAGGGCAAGGACAAGAACAAGGACCACGACGACUGGAACAGCCCGUUCGGAAGGCCCACGCCGGAGGAGCUGCUCGCGGCGCUGCGGAAGACUGCAGCCGGGGCCGCGACGCCAGCCGCUGGCGUCGCGGCGGCCGCGGCGGAGGAGAAGCAGCACCGCCGCGGCCGCCGCAGCCUCGCGGCGUUGUGCGCCUUCGCGCUGGAGGUGCUGGUGCGGCACGGCGAGCUGGACUACCUGCGCGUGAUCAGGAUCGAGCUCGAUUUCGCGAUUGAUGGCCCGCCGCCGCGCGCAGACCUGCCACGGUACAAGUACGUCCGCGACCGCCGCGCGCUGGGCGGAGGCUUUGUCUGGGAGGACGCCAUCGCCGACCGCGAGGCGUCGCUGCCGCGCGCGGCCCCCGAGGGGCACGCGUGGCUGAUCCACGACGCCGGCUUCGACGUGCCAGGCAGUGGCGGCGUCACCCUGCUGCGGCUGGUGGAAGCCACGCCGCGCCGCUGCCCCGCGAUGGAGGCCUGCUGCGCCCCAGAGGGGCCUGCGGAAGGCCCGCCAACGCUCGCGGCCGAGUUGCGCGCGGCGGUGCCCGAGCGCACGCCAGAGCCGCAGUCGCCAGAGCCCCGCCGCUUCGAGCACCACUUCCGCCUGCUCGGGGAGUACCCCGUCGGCCGCGGCGGAUUCAGCAGCGUCUGGCGCUGCCGAGCGCACCGCGGCGGCGCGGAGCUCGUCGCGAAGCGCAUCGACUCCAGCAAGAUGCCCGUGCGGAACCGCCGCUUCCUGUUCGGCAGCGGCAGCCGCGAGGGCGAGAUCGCCUUGCACGCGAGUCUGCGGCACCCGAACAUCGUCGAGCUGGUGGAGGCAUUUGACGGCGAGCCCGUGGUCUGCCUGGUGAUGGAGCGCUGCUUCGGCGGCAACCUCCUGGAGAUCACCCUCGACCGGCACAGGAAGACGGGUCUCGGACUUCCCGAGGCGGGAGCUGCGUCUGCGAUCAGGCAGCUCCUCUCCGCCCUGGCAUUCUUGCACGGCCAGCGCGUGAUCCACCGCGACGUCAAGUGCGAGAACGUGUUCCGGGCCGACCGGCCCGACGAGGCCCCGCUGGAGCUCGCCGUCUUCAAGCUCGGAGACUUCGGCCUCGCCGCCCGCGUGCUGCCCGAGCAGAUGCUGCUGGAGCAGGUGGGGUCGCCCUCCACCUCGGCGCCCGAGAUCGCGCGGGGGCGGCCAUACGCCGCGCUGGCCGACGUCUGGCGCUCCGUCUCCAUGCUCUUCCGCACGGUCAGCGGCCCCGCCGCGAAGGAGCUGGAGAAGAGGCGCCUGAUCCGCGCCCACAGCUGGCUCAUCUAUGGUGUCGUCGCCACCUCGAUCGUUGUCGUAGCCCUUCUCGUGCAUUCCAUCAGGCCAUCCCCUCGCUUCAAUUCGUCGGUGCAGGACGUCUCCACGUUGGCGGGCUGCUUCAUUGUUCUCUUCCUUGGGGCAUGCCCUAGCGUGGUGACGCUGAGCACCCUGAACGUCUGGUCCUCCACCGUUGCAGUGUGCAUCACUAUGUAUGGAUCGCCAUUCGCCAUCGAAUCAAACUAUGCGGCUUCGUCCGCCCCGAUGUGUUUUGCAGCUAUCAUGGUGCUGUGCCUGUUUAACGUGAACGUGCGACUGAAUGCAUGCUGGCUGUUGGUCUUGACCGCGACGCUUUGCAGCUCGAUCCUGUGCGGCACUGUCGACCCGCUCACGGCCUGCGACUUUGAAGCCCGCCGCGCGCGCUACUCGGCGCACAUCUGUCAGGCGGGCCUGAUGCUGACCGCCUGCGUCAUCUGCUUGCACCGGUACCUCUGUCUGGCCGCGCAGUACGAGAUGGAGGCCCGCAUGUCGAGGCAGCUUGGCACCAUCGGGCACGACUUCAGCGUGCCGAAGCACGAGACUUGCUACACCUCCGGGCUGGGCGAGUCACUCCACGUUUGGCCAGAAGGGCAGCAUGACGCCGACGCAUGGAAAUGCAAGUUGGGCUGCAUGGACCGCCGCGACCCGACCAAGCCCUUCAUCAACAAGGGCUUCCGGAAGGUCUGCCUUGGUUGCAAGAUCGGCAAGGACAGGGCCUUUGGCGGUAAGGUCGAGGCCUCCACUCCCUCCACGCGCACCCUCCCGGACAAGAAGAACACGGAGCAGCUCAAGGAAAAGGAUGUUCUCAUCGCGAAGCUGCAGAAGCAAAUCAGGGACGGGAAGGGGCAAGGGGGAGCAGUGGGAGGAGACGCAGAUGACGGGGAGAAGAAUGCGACUAAGGAGGAGCUGGCAAAGAUCCGAGAUACCAUCAAGCGCUUGGAGCCUGAGGCUGAGGAUCCAGAGGUUGCUGCGAUCUUGGUCAAAAAGCGGGCGCGGGAGAAGGAGCUUCAGUCGUUGCUCCUGGCCGAGAAGCCCACCGCCACCCAGAUCAGGACGCUCGAAGCCCAGAUGGCCAAGCUCCAGGACCAGGUGGAUUCCGACAAGCAGUGGAUCGAGGAAACCCUGCAGGAGGUGGAGUCCAAAAGGAGGGAGGUCAGCAAGAAUGAGGAGAAGUACAGGGAGCUCCAGCAGCAGCGGGAUUAUGUUGCCAAAAGCAUCCAGAAUUCCCCAUCACCUCCCCCAGUCUCCGCCGACCCGAAGGACGCGUUCACCGCCUUCGAGGCGCUGGUGGGCUGCUUCACGGCCAUGGCGGGCGUGCCGAACUGCCCGGAGGAGAUCAAGACCGCAGCCUCCAUGGCCCCAGAUUGGGACAUGCUGGAGUCUGAGGACAGGGCAGCGUACCUGGAGCUCAUUGACAUGCCCGCGGAGGUGGAGGAUACUGCCGGCGACGAGCAGGCUGCGCGCUCGGUGCUGCGGUGUGUCUGCGACGUGGUGGUGGAGCUCGAUAGCGACUUCUGUCUGCAGGACGAGUCCCCCGAGCUCGUCAACAUACUCUUGCUGAACUCGCAGCGAUUCCUCUUGGGCGAGGACGUGAGGUUGUUCCUGGCGUCCGAGCAGGAUCGCCAGAAGUUCACCGAGCAGAUGGGCCAGUCCUGGGAUCAGAGCGACGACGUGGUGGGGCUCAGCGCGGCCUUCCACGUUUCCAUGAAAGACAGCUCCAGCAUACCCCUCGUCGUCGAGGUGUUCUCCGUGCCCUUCGUGGACCGGGGUGCGCAAGCGGCGUAUUUUGUCGGGAUCCGAGAGUUUACGGACAUCAGCCCGAUACUCACCGUGGACAGUGCGGCGGAGGUGCGCCAGGGCAACUUUCAUAGAGCUGCUGCCCCAGAGGCAGUUUCCUGGGCCCCACCCGCGCCAGCAGUGGACUCCACCCAGGAUUCGUCGGACGUGAACUCCGACGCUCUCUCGUGGGACGUGGAGUUCCCGAUCGAGGCUGAGGCCAUCGGCUGGAUCGACAUCCUAACCUCAGGCUACACCGUGAGGUACGCCAGCCCCGCAUUCGCUAAGCAUCUGGAGGCCAACAGCGAGCUCCUGGCCGCGCUGAGGCCACGCGCACGAGCAGAUUUUAUACGCUGGGUCCAGCAGGCGUAUUUCGAUCUAUUGGAGGAGGGAUCCGAUUCUGGUCACAAGCAAUGCAGCGAGCGGCUCCACAUGAAGUGCUCCGCCCCCGCGGCCACAAGCGGAGCGCGCCGGACGUGGCGAUCGGUCUCGGCGUAUGUGAGGCUCGACCUGACACCGCCCCGGGGCGGGCAGCCCCACGGCGAGGGUGUCGUGCGAAUUGUGCUCCAGGACCUCCAGAUCGGCACGCGAGCGCCCAGCACCUUGUCGAGGGGGACCCCGCCGGCCACGCCCAGAGCCAGCCUGCGCGCCCCCCAGGUCGCGCGCGGCCGACUGGAGGCCGAAGAGGCCGCGGCCGAGGGGCAGAGGCUUGCGGGGGCCAUGGCGGGCGCGGCCGAGGGGCGGCGCGGCGGCGCUGCCGGCGCGGCCUCGCAGCCGCAGGGCCGCGCCGAGGCCGCGACUGCCGCCGCCGAGGUGCGGGGCGGCGACGCCGCCCUGCCAGCGGCACGGCCGAGGUGCGCGGCCUCGCUGUCGGCGGCGGCCGCGGCCGAGGCGGCGGCGACCGCGGCCGCGGCGCGGGCCGGAGCCGCCGCCGGCAGGGCGGCGUCGCCGCAGAGCACAGGCCACCAACGAAACUUCCAUGUGUGGAGAUGGGAAAAGCAGUUUUACCAGUAUUUCGACACCCCGCUGUGGAAACACCACACCCAGAACCUCGAGGAGUGGCAGGCGUCAUCAUUGGCCUGGCUGGACUGGCGCCUCAAGGACAUGGGAUGCUCAAAAGAGAAGCGUAGGCAACUAGCACGGCUCGAGUACGUUGCCAUGGCCGCAGCUGCACACGACUGCGACAUAGGAAUGGAGCUCCCGAGCGGAUAUGACACAGAUAGGAUGCUCAUGCCCACCAGAUCCCCUGAGGAAUCUGCCCCCCUGCACAUCGGUGGCCCCAACCGAGCAGACGGGGCGCAGGACCCCAUGGAUGACGAGGUCAUGGGUUGCGCCCAUCGAGUCCUGCUUCACGAGCGCAGGCAAAACAUAGUCCACUUUCCGGACCACGGGGACGUCAGGCAGUGGGCCAUCACGAGAGGGAACCUCGAGCGUAUGGGAAGUGACGUGCACUCGAGACGACAAGCAGGUAGAGGCCCAGUCCCAUGGGUAGAGGCCGCCCUCUCGGGGAUACCCGCCAGCUCCGCGGGCAUCCCUGGAGUCCCCAUCCAAGGCAUAUGGUGGCCCACGCUGCAGGCCUACCUGAAAUCUGGUCAUACGAAGACUCAGGAGGCCUCGAAGAGGGCAGCCGGUGCGUCGCUCGAGGCCCCCGAGGUCGGCGGCUACAUCGCACCCCAGCUCAAGGAGCGAAUGAUGCUGCACCUGGAUGCGGCUUCCUUCAGACUGCCAUCCUGUCUGGAGAUCGGCAGGCGGUGGAGGCUGGAGCGAGGGUCCGGGCGCAAAUGGCCAGCAUCGGACCGAGAUGCCGACGCCGCGGACAUUGCGGUACCACCAGACCUCCUACAGCUCCGCGACGGGACCCUUCUCCCACUGCAGCCCUUCCUGAGCCUGCAAGAGUUAGCCGAUGCCUUCAGGCACCUGGCCCCAGAUCUGGACUGCCUCAGCGCCAUGGCCCACCCAUCGCUCGAGGAGGUGCCGCGGCUGGUGGACAUGGCGCGCGACGCCGCUGGGGUGCCAGAGUGGCGCCCCGAGGCUGCAGCCGCGAUGGAAAAGCUCAGGAACAAGAAGACGGCUGACAUUGACCUUGCCAUUAUGGCAGAGGCGAUCGGAACCACGGUGGACGAGACCCACCCGAAGUUGCCAGGUAUUCGAAGCACGCUCAUCGCGAUGACGCUCGAGAUGGAGGGCAUGCGCAUCUCACAGAAGAACAUGGAGGCCGUCUGGGACAAGCUGUACGGUGAGAAGUUCGAGAACGGCUACAGAGUGAUGAAGGGCAGGAAGCCCGCGAAGACCGUCGUGCAAGUCGAUACGGGGUCGCCAGCGUCUUCGACUGACUGGGAGACGCGGGAUGGUUCUCUGGCUCAGCACGGCACUGGAGCGGAGGAUUUACCUUUCUACGGUAGCAUGACUGGCACGGGCUGCCACGUGGAGUACGUUCCGCUGCCUGGGCAGCCCAACGCCGAUGAUGAGACCUGCGAGUUGCCUGUGAAGGGCACUCGCAGAGGCAAGCUGUACCAGGUCAAGAAAAAGAGGCGCGAGAUGGAGAAGAUCAGCACGGUCUUCGUUCGCAGUAUGACGGAGGGCGGCUGGGCGGGCUGGGCGCAGUUGCUCCAGCAUCAGGACAGCAUGUGUCCCGAGGCCGCCCAAGGCCAUCUAGGAGUACGGCCCUCAGCGUCACGGGCGGCGGAGAUCGUCAUCACAGAGCGCAUGAAGGUCAUGGUGAAGACGGGCCGUGGCCCCAAGGCCGAGGGCAAGAUAGUCAAGCAGGAGGUGCUGUCCGCGCUGGGCAUCGCCGACGCGGAGUGA